AAUGCGAAAUCCAGACCGUGAAACAGAAAGUAUCAGUACUUCUUCCCGCCCCGUUCUUAUCUUACCAACAAGAUAAAAAUUUAACAUAUUGGAUGGUGGUGGUGGUUUGAACCAAAAUGAAUGUGUUAACACCUAAUGUGGUGCAACAACUGUCAUUUUCAUUCUCAAAAUCCUUGUCAAGUUUUGAAUGGCAGAACAAGAGCAAGAAUGUGUUGUCUCUUACAGUGACUGGAACAGAACGACGUUCUCGUUCAUCUGUGAUCCGAAUGGGUGGAGGGCCAAGGACAUACCCAGGCGGGGUGUCCAAGUGGCAGUGGAAGCGUAUGCAAGCCAAGAAGGCUAAGCAGCUCCUGAAAGCGCGGCUGUGUCGGGAGCGGCAGAUAUAUGAAAUGAGGAAGAGGGCUGAGCUUCAGGCUGCUGUGUCUGAGCUGGAGAGGCCUUGGGAUGUGGUUGAGAAGCCGCCCAAGUUGUUCUCUAUCAAAGCUGAUGAGCAGCUCAAGGUUUUGGCUGAUAGGUUUCAGAAGCCUGGUGGGUUUGACCUUUGGACUGAAAAUGAUGGACCACAGUUGUUUCAAACCCCUGAUGAGUUGCCUUCUGCAAGGUUCUUUCCUAAAGGGGUUGUUCACAGUAUCAAGCCUUAUAUGAAGGUUACUAGGGAUGAUUUAUUGGAGAGACCAGAUGUUCUAGAAGAUGAUGUUGGUGAAGGGUAUUGGUCAGAGGGUGUUGAUGAUGGUGAGGGUGGUUCUUCUUCUCCCACGAAUUAUGGGAAGAAUGGAGUGAAUGUUGGUGGCCGAAUGAGAAAGAAUGGGAAUGGAAGGAGGUAUUUGUCACAGAAUGUUGGUCGCUCUCAUGAUGGGGAGCAUUCUUCUGCUUUGAGUGGUGGGAGGAAUGAAUUGAAUGUCCGUGGUGGAUUAAGAAAGAAUGAGAAUGGAAGGAGUUAUUUGUCAGAGGAUGUUGAUCGGUCCCAUGAUGGGGAGCAUUCUUCUCAUUUGACUACUGGGAGGAAUGAAUUGAAUGUUCGUGGUGGAUUGAGAAAGAAUGGGAAUGGAAGGAGGUAUAUAUCAGAAGAUGUUGAUCGGUCCCAUGAUGGGGAGCGUUCUUCUCAUUUGAGUACUGGGAGGAAUGAAAUGAAUGCUCAUGGUGGAUUGAGAAAGAAUGGGAAUGGGAGGAGGUAUUCGUCAGGGGCUGUUGAUCAGUCCCAUGAUUGGGAGCGUUCUUCUCAUUUGAGUACUGGGAGGAAUGAAAUGAAUGCUCGUGGUGGAUUGAGAAAGAAUGGGAAUGGGAGGAGGUAUUCGUCAGGGGAUGUUGAUCAGUCCCAUGAUAGGGAGCGUUCUUCUCAUUUGAGUACUGGGAGGAAUGAAUCGAAUGUUCGUGGUGGAUUCACAAAGAAUGGGAAUGGGAGGAGGUAUUCGUCAAGGGAUGUUGAUCAGUCCCAUGAUAGGGAGAGUUCUUCUCAUUUGAGUACUGGGAGGAAUGAAUCGAAUGUUCGUGGUGGAUUCAGAAAGAAUGGGAAUGGGAGGAGGUAUUUGUCAGUGGAUGCUGAUUGGUCGGAUGAUGAAGAGCAUUCUUCUUCUUCGAAUUAUGGGCGGAAUGGAUUGAAUGUUGAUACCAGAGCGAGGAAGAACGGAAGUGGAAGGAAGUUUAUUUCAGAGGGUGUUGAUGGGUCGGAUGAUGCAGAUCGUUCUUCUCCUUCACGUGUGAAGAAUGGAGUUAAUUUUGAUGGCAAGUUUGGGAAUAAAGGGAGUGCACGGAGGAUUUUAUCCGAGGACGUUGAUGCUGAUAGGUCCAAUGGAUCUGGUGAUAUUAGGUCGAGGAGGAAGGGGAGUGGUAGUAGGUUUAUGUCAAAGGAUGUUAAUGGGUCUAAUGCUAUGCAUGCAGGAAGAGAUGGUUCUGGCAGAACACAGAGAGGCGGGAGUAAUUCCAGUGCAGGCAGAAGUUAUGGAAAAUAUCCUAGGAGGAUUUCAAACAAUACUUCACCAAGGGUUAGAGAUCCAGAUUCUGAAGUUUAUGAUAUGGGUUUACAACAAGAUGGAAGUUAUCAAUUCCUACAUAGUACAGAGUGAGCAAUCUGACUCUACAUAUUGGUAAAACUGUGGACUCUUAAUCAAGGAGCAUUCUUACUUAUCAAUGAGUUUUGAUGUUAGUAAUAGGUUUGCUCGAGGAAGAUGACUGAUACUUUGUCUACAUUUCCUCAGGUCUUGGAAAAGUAUAUUUUGUAUAUAAUGCAUUUAAUCUUGAAUGAAAACGAUGAAUUUCAAGUCCGAGUCUUUUUAUUCAUUUAAAACUUUUGAACUAAAUUUUUAUUCAUAUAAUGCUCGCUGCUUGCAGUUAUUUCAA